CCCGUAGCGGACGUCACAUGCCCGCGUUGCAUUGUGGGAAGGUUGCCUUACACCAAUCAUGGCGGACCUAUUUGGAGAUUUGUUUGGCCUGUUUGACGACGAACAGAAGCCCACAACGAGUAAGAAGCCCGUGACCUCGGUCGCUCUAGUGACAGGGAAAGCAGCAGGUCCGAACAAUGACAACGAUGCUCGCCCGGCUGCCAGGACCAAGAGAGAGCCCCCAGACAAUGACGCAGGAGAAGAGCUGGGCUUGGGGAAGAAACCUCGUCUCACCCGGUCCUCAGCCAAUGACUUAAAUCUUGCAGAAUUUAUGCCCCAAGUCAAAGUAGAGCCAGUGGAGAAGGUGGACGGCUGCUCACAUGAGGUCACUCUGCCUGUCAGUGAUGAAUAUAAACCUCUCAAACCUCGAGUUGGAAAUGCUGCAAAGGAGUAUCCGUUCAUUCUGGACCCUUUCCAGCAGGAGGCCAUUUUGUGCAUCGACAACAACCAGUCUGUGCUCGUCUCUGCGCACACCUCAGCCGGCAAGACCGUCUGCGCCGAGUAUGCCAUCGCACUGGCCCUGCGUGAGAAGCAGCGCGUCAUCUUUACCAGUCCCAUCAAGGCACUGUCCAAUCAGAAGUACCGGGAGAUGUAUGAGGAGUUUCAAGAUGUGGGACUGAUGACGGGCGACGUCACCAUCAACCCCACUGCUUCUUGCCUCGUCAUGACAACAGAAAUCCUGAGGAGCAUGCUGUACCGCGGCUCAGAGAUCAUGAGGGAAGUGGCGUGGGUCGUCUUCGAUGAGAUCCACUACAUGAGAGAUGCUGAGCGUGGGGUGGUGUGGGAGGAGACGAUCAUUUUGCUACCCGACAACGUGCAUUACGUCUUCCUGUCGGCCACCAUCCCCAAUGCCAGGCAGUUUGCUGAGUGGAUAUGUCACCUUCAUAAACAGCCGUGCCACGUAGUCUACACAGACUACCGACCAACGCCACUGCAACACUACGUUUUCCCAGCAGGGGGCGAUGGACUCCACCUGGUGGUCGAUGAGAACGGAGAGUUCAGGGAGGACAACUUCAACACAGCCAUGCAGGUUUUGAGAGACGCUGGGGAUUCUGGGAGCAGCAAUGCGGGCAGCAAGUGGGACCCCAAAGGACGCAAAGGGGGAACAAAAGGUCCAUCCAGCGUUUUCAAGAUUGUGAAGAUGAUCAUGGAGAGGAACUUCCAGCCUGUCAUCAUCUUCAGCUUCAGCAAAAAGGAAUGUGAAGCAUAUGCUCUGCAGGUGGCCAAGCUGGAUUUCAACAAGGAAGAAGAGAAGCGUCUGGUGGAAGAAGUGUUCAACAACGCGGUGGACUGCCUGUCAGACGAAGACAAGAAACUUCCUCAGGUGGAGCACGUGCUGCCGCUGUUGAAGAGAGGCAUCGGCAUCCACCAUGGCGGUCUUCUGCCCAUCCUGAAAGAGACCAUCGAAAUCCUUUUCUCGGAAGGCCUGAUCAAGGCCCUGUUUGCCACUGAGACGUUCGCCAUGGGCAUCAACAUGCCGGCGCGCACUGUGCUCUUUACCAGCGCCCGCAAGUUUGAUGGCAAGAAUCACCGCUUUAUUACCUCAGGCGAGUACAUCCAGAUGUCAGGGCGUGCGGGCAGGAGAGGAAUGGACGACAGAGGCAUUGUUAUCUUCAUGGUGGACGAGAAGAUGAGUCCGUCUGUGGGCAAACAGCUCCUUAAGGGCUCAGCGGACCCUCUGAACAGCGCCUUCCACCUGACGUACAAUAUGGUGCUCAACCUGCUGCGCGUGGAGGAGAUCAACCCCGAGUACAUGCUGGAGAAAUCCUUCUACCAGUUCCAACACUACCGAGCGCUGCCCGGCGUCGUUGAGAGAAUUAAGAAGCUUGAGGAGGAGUACCACGCCAUCAAGAUUGCCAACGAGGAGAGCGUGGUCACCUACUACAGGUACCGCCAGCAGCUGGCCAAGCUGGGAGAAGACAUCCAGCAUUUCAUCCACAAGCCCAAAUACUGUUUGCCCUUCCUGCAACCUGGACGCCUCGUCAAGGUGAAAAAUGAAGACGCAGACUUUGGCUGGGGUGUCGUCGUCAACUUCUCUAAGAAGUCAAAUGUGAAGGUCAGCACGGACACCGAGCCGCUCUUUGUGGCCGAGGUGCUGCUGCACUGCAGCAAGGACAGCAUCAAGGAGGCGGCCAGUGAGGCGGCCAAACCCGCCGCCCCGGGCGAGAACGGAGAGAUGCAGGUGGUCCCCGUGAUGCUUCACCUGCUGACGGCCAUCAGCUCUGUGCGUCUUUACAUCCCCAAAGACUUGAGACCCUUUGACAACCGCCAGCUAAUGCUCAAGUCCAUCCGGGAAGUGCAGAAGCGCUUCCCGGAUGGCGUCCCCCUCCUGGACCCUGUGGAUGACAUGGGCAUCCAGGACGCGGGGCUGAAGAAGGUGAUCAGGAAAGUGGAGUUUUUGGAGCACCGAAUGUACUCGCACCCGCUGCACAGCGACCCCAACCUGGAGGCCGUGUACUCGCUGUGCGAAAAGAAAGCUCAGAUCGAGGACCACGUGCACACGGCCAAGCGCGAGCUGAAGAAGGCUCGCACCGUGCUGCAGAUGGACAAGCUCAAGUGCAGGAAGCGAGUGCUGCGACGCCUCGGCUUCGCCAGCCCGUCCGACGUCAUUGAGGUGAAGGGGCGCGUGGCUUGCGAGAUCAGCAGUGCUGACGAGCUGCUGCUGACAGAGAUGAUGUUCAACGGCCUCUUCAAUGACCUGACUGUGGAACAAGCCACCGCGCUGCUCUCCUGCUUUGUCUUCCAGGAAAAUGCCAGUGAGCUGCCAAAACUGACGGAGCAACUUGCCGCCCCCCUCAGACAAAUGCAGGAGUGCGCCAAGCGCAUCGCCAAGGUGUCGGCGGAUGCCAAGCUGGAGGUGGACGAGGACGAGUACUUGGGCCAGUUCAAACCUCACCUAAUGGACGUGGUCUACGCGUGGGCCAACGGCGCCACCUUCGCGCACAUCUGCAAGAUGACCGACGUCUUUGAAGGAAGCAUCAUCCGCUGCAUGCGGCGUCUGGAGGAAGUGCUGCGACAAAUGUGCUCAGCCGCCAAAGCCAUCGGCAACACGGAGCUGGAGAACAAGUUUGCUGAAGGAAUCACAAAGAUCAAAAGGGACAUCGUGUUUGCCGCCAGCCUCUAUUUGUAAUCCCAACACGUCAGUGGCAUCAUGGCUUCCAUUUUGGCACCCAGCAACUUCAACAUUGAAAUCAUUGUUUUUAAUUGCAUUCAAAUGACUCAACUCCACAUCCUUUUUUCUUAGUGUUAAUAUGUGAUAUGGCUUUAUUUGUCCUGCUUUUGUUUUAGACACUUGUACAUAUUUAACAUAUGUUUUUGCAAUAAAAGUCUGUGUGGUUGACAGACAGAAGACACAAACAUA